AUGGACGCAACGCGGACUUUACUCUUGAGGGAUGCCUCGCCAACAGUUGAUCCUGCGGGCGAGUUCCUAAAAUUGCUACAAGAUCCCUUUUCCUCACAGCUCCAACAAAGCUCGGUAUUAGCAGCUUUGGGCUCCUCUCUCGGCGUCACAGCUGCCAUUGCCCUAUGCUUCUCUUUUCUUCGACCAUACAAUAGUGUAGUCUACGCGCCGAAACUCAAACAUGCCGACGAGAAACAUGCCCCUCCUCCAUUGGGAAAGGGCAUUUUUGCUUGGAUCGGCCCGCUAUGGUCGACCACAGAGCAGGAACUGGUGACACUGGUCGGCAUGGAUGCCACUAUUUUCAUGCGGUUUACUAGGAUGUGCCGCGACAUAUUCGUGAUCCUCUCCGUUCUUGGCUGUUGUAUCUUGAUACCGGUCAACUGGACACAUGGUGCUUUCCCCGAUGCUCCAUGGAUGCAAAAGCUGACGCCAACGAAUGUGUUUGACGGCGUUCAUUGGGUCACGGUAUUUGUCGCCUGGCUGUUCACCGCAAUUGUAUGCGGUUUCCUCUGGUGGAAUUACAGAAAAGUUACCGAGUUGAGACGACAAUAUUUCGAGAGCCAGGAAUAUCAGCAAAGUCUCCACGCUCGCACUUUGAUGUUAUACGACCUACCCAAGAACUUUGCUUCCGACGAAGGCAUUGCCAGGAUUAUCGAUGGCGUUGUACCAAGCUCGUCUUUUUCGAGGACGGCUGUUGCGCGCGAUCACAGUAACACGGUGCGGAAGCUGGAAAAGGUUCUGGCCAUCUAUCUCAAGGACCCAGGCAAUCUUCCCGCCGCAAGACCCGUGUGUCUACCCUCCAAGAAAGACCCGUCAUUCUCCACCUAUCCAAAGGGGCAAAAGGUCGACGCCAUUGAAUAUCUCACGCAGCGUAUAAAGGCUCUGGAAUUGGAGAUCAAGGAGAUCCGUCAGAGGGUGGACAAGAGAGGAUCCAUGCCCUACGGCUUUGCAUCAUAUUCCGAUAUCACGGAGGCUCACUCGAUCGCUUACACUUGUCGCAAGAAGAAGCCUCACGGGGCGACUAUCCUCCUGGCCCCGAGGCCGAACGAUAUAAUUUGGGACAACAUGCCUCUGACCUCUGCUACUCGGAGCACGAGGAGGCUUUGGAACAGUCUUUGGGUCGCCGUCCUUACUCUAUUGUGGAUAGCACCAAACGCCAUGAUCGCAAUCUUCCUUGUGAACUUGGCGAAUUUGGGGCACGUUUGGCCGGCUUUCCAAACUUCGUUGUCGGAAAACUACGCCUUCUGGUCGCUGGUCCAGGGUAUCGCUUCUCCCGCACUCACAUCGCUGGUCUACCUCCUUCUUCCAAUUAUCUUCAGGCGCAUGUCAAUAAAGGCUGGAGACCAGACAAAGACUGGAAGGGAGCGACAUGUCGUUGCAAAGCUCUACGCCUUUUUCGUCUUCAACAACUUAUUCGUCUUCUCCAUUUUUAGCGCAAUAUGGAGCUUCACGACUGGAGUUGUGAAGCAGACCAACACGGGCACCGACACUUGGCAGGCGAUUUUGCAACAGAACUUUGGGCUAACCAUAUUUCUUUCUCUCUGCUCUGUCUCUCCAUUUUGGACUUCAUGGCUAUUGCAGCGCCAGCUCGGCGCGGCGAUUGACCUGUCUCAGUUAUGGGCCCUCCUAUACAGCUUUUUCAUGCGAAAGUUCUCAAGCCCGACACCCCGGGAACUGAUCGAGCUAACGGCGCCGCCUCCAUUUGACUAUGCCAGCUACUACAACUAUUUCCUUUUUUACGCCACCGUCACUUUAUGUUAUGCUUCCAUCCAGCCACUCGUCCUUCCAGCGGCAGCACUCUAUUUCGGCAUCGACGUUGCAUUGAAGAAAUAUUUGUUACUAUACGUCUUUGUCACGAAGACAGAAAGCGGCGGUAUGUUCUGGCGUAUCUUGUUCAACCGCUUCAUAUUCGGCGCGGUGCUGGCAAAUUUUGUCGUCUUCUUGGUUGUCUGGGUCCGGGGAUUUGGCACUCAUGCCCAGGCAUACGCCAUCGCUCCUCUCCCCUUCCUCCUCAUCGCCUUCAAAGUCUAUUGCGCUCGAGUGUUCGACGAUAAGAUCCACUUUUUCUCGACAAGGAAUAUCAAACACAGCCUGGCGGAGGCAGGCUUGAAUAACAAUGAGCACAGUCCCCGAAACGAUCGGUUGGCAGCUCGUUUUGGUCACCCUGCGCUUUACAAGGCUCUUAUCACGCCCAUGGUGCAUGCAAAGGCGCAUAAUAUUCUUGCUAGCGUUUAUCAAGGCCGCUUAACCGAUGGGCGAGACGCCGCUGGCGGCGAUUCAAUGUCUGUGAGCGGCUACAGCGACACUUAUGUUCUUGAGAAUAUGGCGUCUGGCAAAACAGGGAAGCCUUCAGCUUCUUUACCUGGUUUCGAGGUUGUCCCGGAAUCGCGCCUCGACUUUGAGUUUUACAAAAAUCGCGAUGAGUUUGCUGCUGACCAUGGGGCUGGUGAGCUUUUCGGAAGACCGUCGGAUGUUAUCCGUCCCGGCACGCCGGGGACUAUGACGAGUGGGUUUGGGGCCGAGCCUGGGUCGAGACCUGGAACGCCUGUUGGGGGGAUGGGUUUUGGAGCCAACCUGAAGCAUGGCGCGGGUUACGCGGCGCACUCCCCAUACUCUUCAACUUCCAUGGGCGCUAUCGAUCCCCCGCUCCGAACUCGCAGCUCCAUGUACAACCUUCGCAACGACAGCGACACCAAUCUUGUUCAAAAUGCAGCUGGAAUGCCAAUAUCUCCCCCAGGAUUGCCUGGCUCGCCUAGUACUCUCGUAUCUAGGGAAAGGAGUGUUGAUAGUGGCUCGAGCAGGGGUAUCCCGAAUCCCCGUGCCCCCGGUAUACUUGGGGGUGGGCCGUACGGCUACGGUGGUCUCCCUCAGACUGACGACGACCCGGCACCGUCGGUACCUAUCGCUGGUCCGCCACAAGAUCCAGCGAACUAUGAUUAUUUCAGAGGCCGCCGGAGAGAAGCGAGAGACGUUAGCGGGACCCCUGGGUCGGCAACUCGAAACGGUAGCAGUGCCUGGGGUGGGAACUAG